AUGGAAUUUCGACGAGUUGCACCCAUUGCGUUUGUUAAUCAGUCGAGCGAGGCUGCCAUGCAACCAACGGAAGCACCGACAAAUGAGUUGUUAGUGUACAAGCAGGAGAUAGCCAACGGCCUCGAUGGAGGGUUCAAAGCGUGGUCAGUGGUACUCGGCGCAUGGUGCUGCCUUUUCUGUGCAUUUGCUGUUGGCAUUUUCCAGGACUAUUAUAUGACGCACCAGCUAAGCAACCAUUCCUCGUCGAGCAUUGCCUGGAUCCUCUCACUCGAGCCCUUUGUCCUCUUCGCCUCUGGAAUCGUCAUUGGCAAAGUAUUCGACAGUUAUGGGCCCCAGUGGCUCCUUGUCACGGGAACAUUUUUGCAUGUCUUCGGUCUUAUGAUGACAUCGAUCUCCUCGGAAUACUAUCAAUUCGUACUGGCUCAAGCCACCUGGUUCCAGGAGCGCCGAGCCCUUGCUUUUGGCAUUGUGUCGAGCGGCUCGUCUCUAGGUGGUGUUGUGUUCCCGAUCAUGUUGGCCCGACUGAUGCCAAUAGUGGGCUUCGGGUGGACGUUGCGCAUCUCAGGGUUUGUGGUUUUGGCUCUGCUUCUCAUCGCUAACCUAAUGGUUCGCUCGAGGAUCAAGCCCAUCCCUCGGCCCUUUAGAUUCAGCGACUACACUGACCCCUUCUCCGAACCGUGCUUUGUGCUACUCACGCUGUCGGCAACCUGUGGAUUUUUCGCCAUGUUCAUCCCAAUCAACUACAUCGUGCUCGAGGCAGGUGAGAAUGGGAUAGACGCCAACUUGUCAAGCUACUUACUGGCAAUCCUGAACGCUGGCAGUCUGCCAGGUCGUAUUCUGCCAGGAUACUUUGGCGACAAGCUGGGCCGAUUUAACGUCAUGAUUGCUAUGUGCACCUUUUCCGCACUAGUGCUGCUUGUCAUGUGGCUCCCUGGAACUCUCCUUGCCCCUGGCUCCGCGGCCGUCUACGUUGUGGUCAGUCUACUCUACGGCUUCGCUUCAGGAGCCUUUGUAGGAAUGGUGCCGGCGCUAUUGGGCCAGAUUUCUCCCGACAUUACGAAGAUUGGGGUGCGACAGGGUGUCCUCUUCACAUGUAUCAGCUUAGCGACACUAACAGGCAGUCCUAUCGCUGGUGCAAUCCUCAUUCGGCAGCGUGAGACCUACUGGGGAUUGCAGGUCUUUGCGGGCGUAAUGAUGACAAGUAGUGUUCUGUUCCUGAUUAUGGCUCGGACAACACUGGUGGGCUUUACUUUGAAGGCGAAGGUGUAG